AGCUCAAGAAGUGUUUCGACAAAGCUCUCAGACACAGGGUCUGAUUUUUGGGUGGUCUUUUGAGGAACCAGGAGCUGGUCUCGAUGCUCCUUGUGGCACCCUUCCAGCUUGGGGUUUCUAAGUGCCAAGUCAUGCCCCUGGGGGACAACCCCAGGCACCAGGACACGCUGGGGCCCACCCAGCUGGAGAGCGGCUCUGCAGAAAGGGACCUGGGGGUCCUGGUGGACACAAGAUGGACGUGAGCCAGCACGUGCCCUUGCUGCAAAGGCGGCUGGUGCUGUCCUGGGCAGUGUUAGGCAAUGGUGGGGGACAGGGUGGUGGUGACUGGGGGACCCCAGGGUGGCUGGGGACAGUUUGGCUGCUUGCCCAAAGCUACUUCCCCUCCUGCGGACAUGGGGCCCCAAAGCUGCUGGUGCUGGCUGUUGGCCCCAACAGCCAUCACCCUCUGGGCAGCCCUCUGACCGUUACACCACCACCCUAUUGCCUGCCGUCAUCCCCUGCUACCACUGCCCUGUCCCCUGCAACCCAGCCUACCAACAGCAACAUGCCUGUCCCCUGCCACCACUGCUGUCACAGGGUGAAGGACCAUCAUGGCAUUGCCAGGGAGAAAACAUUGCCUGCUUGUUCUUCCUGGUCAGUGCCCCACCAUGCAGCCCUGCCUGCUCCUCGCCCUGGCCCUGCUGGGCACGGCCUCUGCCCGCCACCUGGCCGCUGUCACCUCCGAGGUGGCCGAGCCGGAGCUGGAGGCCGAGGCUGAGGACGUGGAGUGCCCGCUGGAGGACGAGACGAACGCGCUGAACAUCACGGACCCGCAGAGCAUCCGCACCUUCCGCUACAUCAUCGUGCGGCGGUGCCAGAACUUCCACACCGCGCAGAGAGUGUGCUCCCGCUGCUACCGCGGGCGCCUGGCCUCCAUCCACAGCUACCGCACCAACAUCCUGCUGCAGUGCAGGGCUCGCACCCGCGUCAACAACGGGCGCGUCUGGAUCGGGGCCAUCACCGUCCUGUGGGCGGCAGCGUGUUCUGCCACUGGUCUGACAACAGCGGCUGGAACUACGCGUACUGGCUGCACGGCUACCCGCUGGUCACGGGGCGCUUCUGCACCACCCUCUGCACCGCAAAUGGGCGCUGGAGGAGCACAAACUGCCACGUGAGGCUGCCCUUCAUCUGCGAGUACUGAGGGUGCUGUCCCAAUAAACGAGAGCCUGGUGCUACUUGCCCAUGUGUUUUGGGGAUGUGUAGGGGCUGCCCCAGCCCCGUGAGGCAGAGGGGUCCCAAACCCACAGCAGACACUGGGGACACCACAGGGAGCAGCACAA